AUGGAGUCCCCGAUCAAUCCGGCGGUGUGGAAGUUUCUCUUCCACGGCACUGUUGCCACCCUUUCCACCGCCUGCCUUUUCUCGCUUUACCACGAGCGACACCGUGUGCUUUCCUCGCUUGACGCCCCCUUCAGAGUUCUCCGGAGCGCCAAGACGGACGAGGAACGCGUCGCAGCGGCGGAGGACAUUCUUAAGAAGCUAAAAGGGGACGCCGCGCAGAAGAAGGAUUCCUCACGGCUGUCUGCACAGCGGCAAGGGGGGGCUUUGCUGCGGCUCGCCGCCCUCAACAAGGACGGCUCAAAUGCGGAGGGGGUGAGCCUGGCUAUCAAGACCAUCGUUUGCGCCUUCGGGGCCGAUGCGGAGGGUUGCCGAAAGCUGUACAUGCUGGGUGGCUACCGCGUGCUGCUAACGACACUCAGCGAGGCGCAUCGUCAGGGAAGGCAGGAGCUUAUGGAGGAAGUAGCGCAGGCGUUGCAAACACUCACACACGUCAACGACGCCGAGGUGGUGUUGGCGACCGACGUGCCAGUGGGCGCGGAGGGCGCCUACGCACUGGCCUGCAUCCCCGCGACAGUGAAGAUGCUGCGACUUCUUGACCCGCAGAGUCCUAUCCUCUUCCUGAAUGCCCUGACAGGCAUCUUUGCAAAUGUCUGUGCGUUGCGCGUGGGUGCAUUGGCGGUGGGGCGCGGUGUGGAGGGGCGCAGUGGGAUGUCGUACUUCCUCCGCCUGCUGGAGCACGGCAAUCAAGGUGUGGUGGAGCACUGCACCCUCAGCAUUCGCUACCUUGCCCGCGCCGGGCUUGGCCACGAGGAACUCGCGGAGGAGGGCAACCUGCAACGCCUCGCGGAAAACCUCACCGUGAACGCGGACCCACGCGUCACGAACUCCAUUCUUACCAUUAUCUUGCUCAUGUGCGACAGCAAGCACGGCGCCGAGUUUUUCACGUGUCUGUCGGAGAAAACCGACAUCAUUUCUAGCCUCUUUGAGGUCUGGUGUCGCGCCUCGGAAAAGCUGCUGCGAGACCGGGCUGAAAUGCUGGUGCAGCUCCUCGCCCGCGUGCCGCAGUGCACCGCCGCGGUGCGGCGCUUCCUCGAGCGGUACCGCGUGCAAAUUGCUGAGCGCCGCGCGAAGGAUGAUGAGGCGCGCCGCAAACAGCUGCAGCAGAUGCGGCAAAACCAAAUGAUGCAGCAGAUGAUGAUGGAGAACAUGGGCAUGGGCAUGGGCGGCGGCGGCGGCAUGUGGUGA